UAAACUUCUUCUUAUUUCUAUUAUAUCAGUAUGGAUAGUACAGCAUCGAAUGACAAUGAUUGCCCGAGAUUUAGACCCUUUGCCUCUCCUACCCAACGUAUGAUCAAGGUGAAAAAAGCCAAGUAUUCCACCUCAUUGGAUCCCAGAGGCUACAUUCCAGUGUAUGAAUAUCUCAUUAAUGGACAACCAAUUAUGUGGGAUAGAGAGUCUGGUUACGUCCAUUUUACCGGUAUUUGGAAGUCAUUAGGCAACUCUAAAGCCGAUAUUGUCAAAAUGGUGGAUUCGAAUCCCGAGUUGAAGGUUAAAAAAAUUCGAGGAGGUUUUCUCAAAAUACAAGGCACUUGGAUCCCUUAUGAGUACGCUUAUAUUCUCUGUAAAAGAACGGCUUGGGUGGUGCGCAAGGACUUGGUAGCCAUGUUUGGUCCUCGUUUUAUCAAUGACGCAUUAGACCCUACUCACCCAGAAUAUGGAUGUCUUUUACUCGACCCUAGUCAAAAGGGUUCUUCCCUUCGUCGAAAUAGUUUUACCACCAUGCGACAAUCCGGUACUCAUCCGUAUAAACGCGAUUUCAUGCGUAAUAGUAAAACUGCCAUCAUGCGCGACCCUAAAUCCAUCCUACCCCGCCAACAACAACAGCAACAUCAACAACAGCUGCAAAAGGAGAAAAAGGCCAUAUCCAACAUGUCAUUAUCUAGGCUACUAAAUAACCAUCAACAGUCCGAUAUGGACUCGGAUGGAGAAGAACACAUGAAAUUCACAACGGAUUCACCGGGAACAACACCUUCACCUACAUUUCGUGCGGUGCCUACUUUUGAUCCUAAAUGGACAGAAGUUGGUACGACAACGUCCAAUCGAUUAUUACCGCCUAUUUAUACAGAAGAUGCAUAUGUCAAACGUAAAUCCGAGCCACGCAUUACGCCUGUCUUUAGUCCCACUUGGUCACCUGUCUCGCCCGUGACAUCAGAGGUUUCCUCCUCCUCCUCCUCUACAAACACAUCUCAUACGGGUUAUGCGAAAGACGUCAUUGAUACAAUUAAUGCCACCAUCUUGUUACAACGAUUAUCACAAGAUGAUGGUGCACGACCUUUCAAGCCCAUGCAUCCUGACUCAAUUCCUAGCAAAGUCACGGUUGGAAACCAGGAAUAUCAUAUUUGCUGGGAUAACUAAAUUAUUCUAAUAUCUCUUGUACAUACUACGCAACUUUCCUAUUAUUACUUCUUAUUAUUCAAAAAAAUAAAAUAAAAAUCCAGUGUGAAACAAAAAGCGGGUAUUUUUUUUAUUAUUUAAUCUCUGGUAACACCAAAUCUUUGAACCAAGACGUCAACGAAUUUUUCAUCACCAGCA